AUUCGGCGAGUCUCGGGCUGGUGGUGAAAUCUGUGCUGUGCGAGAGCAGAAUUCGUCGUCGACUCUGCCGGAUGGCUUGAGGUGAAGGGGAAGGGGAAGGAGAAGGAGAAGAUGUGAGCGAGCAGCGGGGGAAUCAUGAUGCCGGCGGCGGCAGCAGCAGCAGCAGGUAAGGGUUUUGUCCCAGGCAGCCCACCUCCGGCCGAGAAAGUGAAGUUCACAGUGUCGGUGCGCGGCCACCAGUGGAGCUCCGCACGGCAUGUCUCAGAAACGCUGCAGGAGUUCGCCAGAGUCAUCCAGGUACGUCCUCGUCGAUGAAUUUGGCAAUCCGGCCCCGAAUUGCGCCCAUUCGAGGACAAUCAGUGAGAGAUGUGAAUUUCCGUUAUUUGCGACCGCCUGCACAACGGAUCCGCUCUCACCUCGCAGCGAUGGCGGGCGGGCGAGCGAAUGGUCAGUGCAGGCGCAAGCUAACGGGAGGGAGGGAUGUCGCGUGCAGAAAAAUGCUCGACGCCUGGUCUUCAUCGGCGAGAACGACAGCAUCCAGCGGCUACAGCUGGCCAAGGCGGACGGAUCCGAACCCGAAGAAUUGGACGUGGACGCGACGCUGGAAGAUGUGAUCAUAUGCAUGGGCAACAAGCAUCUGGUGGCCAUCAUUACGCCCGCCGGCAAGCCCAGCGGCAAUGGCCGCCCCGAAGCCGCGAAUGAGAAAUUGGGGCCGACGUCCCCGAUGGCUGUGUCCAGCCAUCACCAGAAGCCCAAGCUUCGGAAGGACGUAGCCAGUUGCUAUGCCCUCCCAGCGACCCCCGCAGCUCUGACUGCCGAGGAUUCCGACCUUGCCACCUUCGGGCUCGCGUCCCGAGUGCCUCCGUUCAAGUCGAACUGUGAGCCGCCUGUGCGAGGCCUCAAAAUCACCAUCCCCUCCUCAGACCCGAUCCCUGCCGCCUUCCACGACGAGAGAAAUGUGUUCGGGCAGGACUCGGGCCUGGACCAACGACCGCCCGUCGUUCCCCAGGCCCCGGCCCUGGCGCCAGCCUCAGCCUCGGCCCCGGCCCCGAGAGCGAGCGCCUUCAUUGGGGAGAUCCUCAGCAGCAAUAACAAUAACAAUGCAUCGAUCCCGGGAGCAGUCUCGAGCUCCAUCUCCACCCCCAGCCCGGCAGAGCUUGCCCACUUUCUCGUGAAGGGAUCGUCUCUGCCUCUGAGCCGACCGAGCGGCGGCAUGUGCCUGAACAAUCCGAUGUACCCGCCGUGUCACAGUGCCGGGUUCCAGACCUUCGCAUCGGCUCUCAUCAGUCGACUGCCGGUGAAGGCUGCGAGCAAUGCAGCUUGCCCCUCGCCCCAGCCCAACAUCGCGCUGCUGGUUCAGUUCCUGGCCUCGCAGCUGCGAGCCUUCAUCCCCGUUAGUGGAGCCCAGUCCUCGCCGAACUCGGCCCCGCGCUCUCCCAGCGGUGCCCGCAGCAAAGCUUCCACUGUUGAGGUCGUUCCUGUUGCCACCAAGCCUGGGGACAUGAGUCGCUGCCAGACUGGAGAUAAACCUUCGGAGAGGCCUUGUUCCAAAGAGUUCCGUGAGGGCCCCGACACUGAAUCGCCUAAGCUAGCAUCCGAUCACGUGAAGGCCUCUGUCAGCGAGUCUCACGAAAAAGAUGACUCCUCGUCCUCUGCUAAUGUAAACACCACCGCAGCACCAUCGAGUGAUGGCCUUGAAAGUGAGACCAUGCAGGACAGAUCAGAGCUUAUUUUCCUCGUGAAUAGAAGAAGCAAGACGGGUGUGGGAACACAUCAUCUGAAGCUGUCAGAUCUAUCGGCGUACUUUCAUCUUAGCGUCGUGGAUGCAGCGAAAAAGCUUGGAGUCUCCCAGACCACAUUGAAGAAGGCGUGCCGCAAGUUCGGUCUCAAACGGUGGCCAGGACGCAAGGUUCGAAGUUUAGAAAGCACCAUCCAUGGGCUCGAACAUACCAUAGCGGUUGGACAAGGGGCGGGCAUGGAAGAAUUGACUGAGGCAUAUAUGAGAUCGGAGGUUUCUAAGCUACAGCAAGAAAUGGACCAACUUGUGCAUGGUACUCCCCCCCAGCAGCAUUCACCAGUGGCCAGAACAGCAGAUUUGUACAAAAGGCUGUACUCCAGAGGAUGGAGGUCUAAGUACCACAGUUCCUGCGGUCGAUUCGAUCUGGACCUCAAUAUGGACAGUAGAGAUAGUGAAGGGAUCCUAUCCUUCACUCACAGGAAAAGCAUAGAGGAGGUGAAACCUGCGAUAACAAGGUCGAAAACUGACCAUGUAGGUCCAACAUCACAGGAAAUGGAGACUAAUGGUAACACGCCAAUGGCAUCUCUCUGCAAGGACGAUUCCUUAAGUCAGACAGGCAAUGGCCUUACUGACAAUAUCCAUGACAAUGCUAGUUCUUUCAGCAAAGGGGUUCAACUGGAACUUAUGAACACAUCGACACCCGACACUGCUGUGGAUUUUGUGGCAUCUGGCAAUCGCAUUAGAACUCAGAAACUAGAAGAACUUCCUGUAGAUGUAGAAGUGAUUGAGUUGGACAGAGAAAAGGACUUGACAACAGAGAGAUGUCCAAAGCGGCACAAGGCUGAGACCAUUACCUAAUGGCUGAAAUUUUUUGAAUAUAUAACAUGGUAAUUCAGUACAACUAUUUUCUAAUGUC